AUGGGAAGUCAGGAGAAGGUGAAACACCUUGAGGAAUGCACCGUUUCCAAUGCAUUAGGGACAUGGGUAUUCUCAGUGUUAGGUGCAUUGGUUGCAAUCCCGGUGGGGAUCAAACGCAAGUCUCUAGGUCCACUCGUCUUCUUUGGCACCACAGGAACAAUGCUCGACAUCAUCAUCGGUGUGAGUCAGUGUGAGAGAGAACACGCAGAACACCAAAUGAAGUUACUCCAAGACUCUCAAAAUGCAACCUCAUCCGAAUCCAUGGCCACAACAAACAUCACAGAGACAGAUUCCAUUUCCUAA